AAGUUGGGCAGGUAAACGCACGCGCUGAGUCUGUCUGUCCAGGUGAGAUCAGUGCUUCAGCUCGCGCUACGUGAACGCAUUCCGCGUUUGUGUGAGAAUGUGAACUUUAUUUUUCUCUCCUGUGAUCAGAAACCGUGAGGACUAAUGGGGAUUGUUUCACUCUGCCUUGUCCUUCACUUCUGGCUUAGCACUGUCAAAGGGACGUGUUCUGAAUUCGGCGCUCUCUCCUGUGACGAGUGUCUGCAGCUGGGGCCGCAGUGCGCCUGGUGCACACUGCAGAAUUUUACAGAUUUUUUCUCAAUCGAUGGGAGAUGCGACACACCUGAGGCUCUUCUUCAGAAGGGAUGCUCCGGCGAGUUUGUGGAGUUCCCCAUCACAAAUGUCAAGGUGCUGAAGAACCAAGGGUUAGGAAAGGGUGCUGGCCACACCAACGUUUCAUACAUAAUGCCACAGAAGAUGCACCUCCAGCUUAGACCAGGAAGUCAGCUGAGCUUUCAGAUUCAAGUGCAACAACCAGAGGACCAUCCGGUGGACAUUUAUUAUCUGAUGGACCUGUCAGCCUCUAUGUAUGAUGAUCUCAAAAUGAUCAAAGACUUGGGCUCAUCUCUGUCUAAAGAGAUGGCUAGUCUUACCAGCAAAUUCAGACUAGGAUUCGGCUCCUUUGUGGAGAAACCAGUCCUGCCUUUCAUCAAGAUAACACCUGAGGAGUUGGCCAAUCCCUGCAGGAGUGUUGAUUUUGAAUGUCUGCCAACAUUUGGAUACAGACAUAUGCUAUCGUUAACCAGCAGUACAGACAAGUUUAAUGAGAUUAUCUCAAAACAGCAAGUAUCAGCCAACAUUGAUGUGCCAGAGUGUGGUUUUGACGCCAUCAUGCAGGCAGCAGUGUGUGGGGACAGGAUUGGCUGGCGAAAUGAUUCCAUGAAGUUGCUGGUAUUCGUGAGCGAUGCAGACUCUCAUUUUGGGAUGGACAGCAAAAUGUCCGGCAUUGUUGUUCCUAAUGAUGGGGAGUGUCAUCUGGAUAGCAAUAAUGAGUAUUCCAUGACUGCCCACCUGGAGUAUCCAACGUUAGGGCAGCUAAUAGACAAGCUGGUUGAAAACAAUAUCCUCCUAAUAUUUGCUGUGACUGACAAACAGAGACAGAACUAUGAGAAUUAUGCAAGUCUUAUUCCUGGUGCUACUGUGGGAGUGUUGGCAACUGAUUCAAGGAACAUUCUGGAAAUUAUCAUGACAGCAUAUAAGGAACUGAGGUCAGAGAUUGAUCUGGAGGUUCUUGGCGACACCGAGGGUCUUCAGAUUUCCUUCACAGCACUCUGUCAGGACGGGACCAUAAUCCCAGGGCAGAAAAACUGCUCCAAUGUCAAAGCUGGUGAUGUGGUAUCCUUUAACGUUACGAUCGAGUUAAGGGGUUGCCUUGCUGGUCCACGGCGGUUUUCCUUGCGGCCGGUGGGCUUCCAAGAUGCCCUGGAGAUCGAGCUGGAUUCUCAAUGUGCAUGUGACUGCCAUCAAAACCCUGAACCCAACAGCACUUACUGCAGUCAGGGUCAUGGAGCGCUUGAGUGUGGAGACUGUGUGUGUAAUCCAGGUUUUGUGGGGCCGAAGUGUGAGUGCACAGAAGACCAAGAACAAAUUAGUGACUGCAGAGCACGUGAAGGUGCUGAGAUGUGCAGUGGCCUGGGCGAGUGUUUCUGCAGACAGUGUGUGUGUCACCCGUCCAGUUUUGGACAUGUGUAUGGCCCUUACUGUGAGUGCGAUGACUUUUCCUGUCUCCGAUUCAGAGGAGAGCUUUGUGGAGGUCACGGGGAGUGUGACUGCGGUGAGUGCGUGUGUCACUCCGGUUGGAUGGGGGAGUCCUGUAACUGUAGCACCAGCAGCAACUCGUGCAAGUCUGCAGAUGGAUCCAUCUGCAGUGGACGGGGGAAGUGUGUGUGUGGAAAGUGCGAGUGUGCCAUUCCUGGAGCUUCAGGUGAACAAUGUGAAAGGUGCCCUACCUGUGGAGACAUCUGCAUUUUACCCAGGUCUUGUGUGGAGUGUUACCUCAAAGCUAAGGAUCCAUCAGACGAGUGUGCCUUAAAAUGUAAUUCCCUUCAUGCCACUGUCAGCAAUUCCACAGAUUUUGAGGAGAGCCGGGCAGCACUGUGCACAUUGCAGAGUGAGGAUAGCUGCAUGCUGUCUUUCAGCCUUGUGGACAGCGAUCAUGGCAGCACCAUCUACAACCCCAAAUUUUACGACUGUCCUGAGCCUCCAAACGCACCACUGAUCGCGCUGGGCGUGUGCAUGUCGGUCCUCAUCUUUGGCAUUGCGCUCCUGGUGAUUUGGAAGUUUCUUGUUUCUGUCCAUGAUAGAAAAGAGGUUGCCAAGUUUGAGGCAGAGAAGGCUAAAGCAAAAUGGCAAUCGGGCACAAAUCCUCUUUUCAGGAGCUCGACAUCAACGUAUAGAAAUGUGACCUACAAAAGUGCAGGGCAGCAGAAGGGUGAAAUUUCUUAGGACUACUACUGAACAAUACUGUUAAAAACACAGAACAUAGUUUUCUUUUUACUAAGAGCAAUCACUUUUUUGUAUUUUUAUUUAAUUUUGUAUUGUACAAGUGAGACACUUUGUGUGUAUUUGUGUGUGUUUGAGUGGGUUCACAUAGCUGUAGUUUAGGGACACCUGGGAGAGUCCUCAAUUGGAAAAAAGAAUCAAAUGUUUUUGUCAUUUUAAUAUAUAUAUAUAAACAAUAGAAGUAAAUGUACGUCCCAAUUUUGAUAGCUACGUAGGUAAACAUGUGUUUACAUUUUGUGUGCAUGCAAGAAUUUUGAAACCUCUAAGAGGAUUAACUGUCAAGGAUGUUUACAUCUUUAUAACUGGCAGUGAAUAUAUUUACAAAAAAAAAAAAAAAAAAUACAAAUAUAAAUGAACAGUGUGUUUUGCUGCUAGUUUGAAUAUUACAAAACUCCUAAAGGUACUGUUAAAAUGGGCAACACUGGAUCUUAUUGUUCUUGGUUGUGGUUGUUACAGCUAUUUCUUUUAUUUGUUUUUCAAAAACAGAUCUGUUUUGUAGUUAUUAAUGACAGACAUUUGUCAUUGGUUAGUCGAGGCUGAGCCUUGAACUGUGUGUAAUUAGAUUAUUCAUAUUAAUGAUUAAAUAUGAUUUUGCU